AUGCUGUACUCAGACAUCUUGACAGAGGAGUUACUUCUCUGCGCUGUUGCUGCGCGCAUCGGUUCGGAAAACUUUACAGUGGAAGAGAAAAGUGUGAAAGUUGCCAGUGAGGAUGCGAUAGGUUUUACGUGUGCGCACGUUCGUAUUUUUGUAACAGCAGGAGUUGAAGGAAACUGUGAGAAUAAUAGCAGGCGAGUGCAGUUUCAUUUCUUCGCCAAAGUCAUGCCAAAUUUUCCGUUGUUGGAUGACAGGAAGAGUUAUACAGUGCAAGCGUUCCAGCGGGAAGCUGAUUUCUUUUCGAAAAUCCUGCCAAAGCUGCAACGAGGUGUUACGUGCACUUGUGAAUGUUACGUGGCCAAUCGCCAAGUUUUGGUACUGGACGACUUGUCGGUCCUUGGUUUCAGGACCAUGGAUUCGAGGCAGCUCUUCGACUACGACCACUGCGAGACAAUUCUGAGAACACUAGCCUACUUCCACGCAACUUCCAUAAUUUACGAAGAGAAACAGGGUUCGCGUGGCUACAUCCAGCAGAAAUGGUCCACCGAAAUCAACCAGGAUUUUGAACUUUCGAAGGUAGACAGUCUGAUAGACGGCUGGAUGGUGGCGGGUGUUGAAGUUAUUGCAACACUCGCCGAGCAAGUCUGGCCAGGUGAAGAGGGUGCUGACAUCGCUAGACGGAUAAGAGGAAAACGCCGGGAAAUCUGCCACCGUUUUCUCAAGCUGAGGAAGCCGUCCGCAGUGCACCGGAACGUGGUGUGCCACGGCGACUUCUGGGCCAGUAACGUGAUGGUCAAGUACGACGCCAGCGGCAAGCCUGAGUCUGCCAGGCUGAUCGACUUCCAGCUGGUGCGGUACGCGCCGCCAGUCUUCGACGUGAUGACCAUCCUCCUGCUGAGCACGGAUCAGGACUUCCGGGACCGCCACCUACACUCACUCCAGCAGGUGUAUUUUUCGACGCUCUCCGCACAGAUCGCAAAUGACGGGCUGGACGCCGAGCGGUGUUAUACUCUUACGGAGUUAAUCGAGAGCUGGCACGACAUGGCUGCAGACCUCAGUAUUAUCGCUGCUAUUCUCCAACCACAAGUACUGAUGGACAGCCGCCGGCUGCGGCUGCUAAUGGCCAAUAGAGAAUCGUACGAUCGCUUUCUGUACAUCGACCGGAGGAGAGAGGCGCUCGAGGAAUUCUCCGCGGACGCUUUCUACAGAGCGAGAGUCACUGAAGCUGUCAAAGAGUUCGUUAUUCUCAAUUAUGAGUGGAUUCAUGGCGAAACUACAAAAAAUUCGUGA